AAGCGAUCAUGCCUCUUGCUCUGUGUGUGUGUGUGUGUGUGUGUGUGUGUGUGUGACGAGGACGUUCGGCUGCUCUUGUUGGCUCUGCCUGCUGCUCCGCCCUUGAGGAGGGGGGUGCCCAAUCGCGGCUUGCCUUGGUCAAUACCGUCCAUGGAUGUGAUUUGAUGCAACAGUCAUGGCGUGGUGUGGUGCGGUUUGAGGAUGGCUGAUCCAGGUUCAUGGGGUUGUUGGCUACUUUAGGUUUUCCGCUCUUGUUUCCGUGAAAAAAAAAACCAUUCAUCGCAAUCAUGGCCUCAGGUGGCGAAUUCAAAGAGCACCUCUUCAAGGUCCUUGUCGUGGGUGAGAUUGGCACGGGCAAGACCAGCAUCAUCAAGCGCUACGUGCACCAAAUGUUCAGCAGCCACUACAAGGCCACCAUUGGUGUGGACUUUGCGCUCAAAGUCUUGAACCUUGAUGAUGAUACCAUCGUGCGCCUUCAGCUGUGGGAUAUUGCCGGCCAGGAGCGAUUCGGAAACAUGACUCGCGUGUACUACAAGGAGGCUGUCGGUGCCUUUAUCGUUUUCGAUGUCACACGCGUCUCCACCUUUGAGGCCGUCCAAAAGUGGAAGUCGGACAUUGACAACAAGGUCUUCCUGCCUGAUGGCUCCAAGAUCCCUGUGGUCCUGCUCGCCAACAAGUGCGACAUGGCCAAGGAAGGUCUUGUCAAGAACGGCGCUGCCAUGGACAAGUACUGCGAGGAGAAGGGCUUUGCGGGUUGGUUCGAGACGUCGGCCAAGGAGAAUGUCAACAUUGAUCUUGCUGCUCAGGAGCUGGUCAAGAAAAUCCUCGAGCACGAGCCGUCGGCACUGGAGAAGAACGACACGAUUGACCUGGAUGAAGACAAGCCCAAGUCGAGUGGUUGCUGCUAGAUUUGAUGCCAGAGUGUCGCCUAGUCCUCCUGUUGUGUGGGAGGGGUCUCUCCCGUGUUGCUCAUCUUCUACCACCUUUGUUUUAGUUUAAUGUCGUCUCUUGUUGAUGUUUGCCCACGCCUCCGUGUGCCGCCGAGUUCCAGGUGCCUCUGGCGAACAACGGUUUGGCAUUGUGGUACCGAACGGUGGUCGUGAGCUGCCGUUGAUCUUGACACCCAUCGCCUUUGUGGUCCUCGUGAUGCGGUGUUAUGUUGUCCUAUGGUUUUGCGUGCUUCUCCCAUCCUGCUCCGAUAUCGUCCAUCGACCUUCGUGCAUCGGCACUGUGGUAUCAACGCCUCAGCGGCGUGUCUUUGUCUUUCUGUGACUGUAUCUGUGCCCCUCGCCCGCAUGGGCGUGCAUGGCGCACUGCCAGCCAAUCGAUGAUGAUCU